UUUGUCAACAGUUGCCAUGGAGCUGUCCAAUCAGACCAGGGCAGCGUGUCAGGGCUUUGGUUAUACUGUGGCUGUGGGAGAAAGCCACAAUAAGGUGGGGGAAAGGACGGAGGGACAAAGUGAGCCAACAGGUAGAGAGGAAGGUCAGAACAAGUGUGGACUAGAGACAAGGAAGACAAUGUAGCAGAGGACUGUUGAGAUAUUCAAAAUCAGCUUAAAUACAAGAGAUUAAGGUGGGGGAAAACAUAAGUGUGGUGGGUAUUUUAAACAGCAGAAACACAACAGAAUGGAGAGCGACUCGAGUGAUGACAGCCAGAGCGACAGUGGAGUAUCAGCAGACUUCUCCCCGUGCAGUACUUCGGAGAGCAACACCAACAUCUCUAAUGGGAUUGUAUUCAAAGAAACUCCCAUUGAGAAGGAGAUUCGAAGGAAUGUAGAACGGGAGAAAAGCCUGAGAAGGUCCAGAGGACUUCCAAAUCUACCCUCUUCCCCAGAGUAUGUAGACAUUCCUUUGAGAAAAACUACUGUCUGUCAGUCGCUCACCACUAAGUCUGAGAGGAAAGACAGGGAGCUUGCAGGCAAGAAAAUGCAGCAUGAGAUCCAUGAGGAGACCCAGCGAGAACAGGUUCUGGUCCAGCUGGGUAAAGUUCCUGGUUUCUAUGACAAAGGCACAGUUGGCCAACUCGAACAUAGGAAACAGGUCUUUGAAGCCUUUCAGAAACCAAGUGAAUCAACUUUCACCGUCUCAACCAGGAGUAAAACCCCAUUCUGCUCGUCAGCCAGUGACAUUUCAACACUGGGGGAUACCUCGUCGGAGGGAUCCACCGUUGAAGGUGAGGAGAGGAGACUGAGCGUAGACCUGUUAAGUCCCAAAAAGAGCACGUACUCCGUAGGCGUGAAUCCGACCAGCUCCACUCCCCAAAGAGGGGGCUUCUCCAAGGUAACAGGUGACCCUUUCAUCAUCCCAGGGAGUAACCUGACUGGCCCGACACAGAAGAGUUACACAAAGCAGGUCACCACAGUCGACUCUGGAGCUUCAAACAUCUCAUCGUCUGGGACAGGAAGGCACGGCAGGAUGAACAGAAGAACACUUGGAAAGGAGGAUGAAGAGGAGACGGAGGUGUCACCCAAAGAUAACCCCUUUUUCAAGCUGCGCUCUUCGAAAAAUAUAGUUAAGGUGGAGCGGGAUAUCCGGGAGGCCCAAGAAAGGGAGAAGGAGCUUCACAAACAGAGAAUCAGCCUGUAUGGAGGGGAAGGAGUGGGGAGGCCUACAAUGUCUUCCUCCUCAAUGAAAGGACUGGCUGUUCUUGACUCACCUGAAUCACCCAGGUGUGAAACUGGACCCUCAGCAGCACACUGGUCACCUGGCAAGUUGAACAUGUGGAUCCCAGCCCAAGCUGAAGAGAAGAGGACUGUUGUGCAAGAGGUCCGCCGUACUUCCUGGAUCCCCAGACAGAAGAACCCUCUAGUAGAGCGGUGGGAGUCCGGCCUGAUCAAUGACCACAACAAGGAAGAAGACUGAGGAGAUGCUGACUGAGCCAAAUGAGUGAGAGAGGAAGAUUAACACAGACGAGUAUUUGAAGCGAAGGGCUGAGAGACUGUGAGAUAAGAUAAGAGUAGAGCAGAGUAUGGAAAGAGGGGAGGGAGCAGUGGAAGGAGACGAGGAAAGAGAGUGACUGAGAAGAAAGAGGUCAGAGUUUAUAGGAUAGAAAGCACGCUCCCUCAGCCUGGAGGACAGAAAGAGGAGGUGAGCGUAUUAGUGAAUAAACAAGCAGCCGUAUUCUAAUUCUGGAAACUCAAAGAAUAGCAUUAAAAAUAGUUUUCAAUAAUAAUGCAGUAUAAUUUUGUUGUAUAUAUAUAUAUAUAGAUACAUUAGUGCAUACUAUCAAACCGAGAAUAAAAAAAACUAACUUCUCAAUAAAGUAAUAUAAUUUUAAUGUCUUAUGGUUUAUUACACAAGCAAAAUCUAAUCUAACGAAUCCAACAACCGUGCAAUAAAUCCCACCUUUGUGUUUCUGUUGAAUUUUAUUGACACUGUUGUUGGCUGUAAUAUCAGAGGUUGUGUAAGUCGUGUGGUUGUAUUUUAUUGGAUUAACAUCCCUUUGUUGGUGUUUUCGGAAUAAGCCAGUCACUGAAAUGAAUUAUUAAAUGUCAAAAGUCACUUCAAGCGCUUUCGGGUUGUUUUCAUGCCUCACCAAAACCUGGAUUAUAAUGCAAUGAGGCACUUUCUGCAUACAAACCUGAUGCUUAAAUAACAGCUGAUAUGUUGAAACGCUAACAUGGUGGAAUCAUGAAUGUACUUUGUAAUGAAACUGAAUACAUGUAUUAAUUUAUACAAUUAAAUGUUCAGUGUUACUGAAUCACAAUAAAACAUGAUUAAAGUC